UUACUAUCUUGAACACAACCCUGUUUACGACCGGAAGUGAUGUAAAACUAAUGAGUCACAUUUUGUUCCGAAAACAGCGGUCUCCAGCUAGUGCAGAAGGCUAUGGCGUGCACUUUGGAAAAGGUUCUUGGCGAUGCUCGCACGCUGCUUGAGAGGCUCAAAGAGCACGACACGGCGGCAGAAGGACUGAUCGAGCAGUCUGGAGCGCUCAGCCAGAAGGUUCAGGGCAUGAGAGAGGUGGGGAAUGCCCUUCCAGACAAGUACAUGGAGGAAAGUUCUGAGAUACAGGAGUUGUCAAAGUACAAGCCUCACGUCCUGUUAACGCAAGAGAAUACCCAAAUAAAGGAACUACAGCAAGAAAACCGAGAACUGUGGCUGUCUUUGGAGGAGCAUCAGUAUGCGCUAGAAUUGAUCAUGGGUAGAUACCGCAAGCAAAUGCUACAGCUUAUGAUGGAAAAGAAGGAGCUGGACACAAAGCCUGUUCUUAGCCUUCAUGAGGACCAUGCCAAGGAAGUGCAAAGCCAACUGGAGCGGAUAUGCGAGAUGGGUCAGGUGAUGAGAAGAGCUGUUCAGGUGGAUGACCAGCACUACUGCUCUGUGCGAGAGAGGCUUGCCCAACUAGAGAUUGAAAACAAGGAGCUGCGAGAUCUACUGACCAUUAGUAAGAGUUCUGUGAGGCCACAGAAGGAAGACUCCAGCCAGUCAGCGACAGAGGAAGAAGCUGAACCGGGGACCAAUCAGUGAUGGAAUCGAUAGAGAAGAUCUCAGUUGCAUACUCCUCGCAUCCUCUCCUCGUCUCCUUCUCAAAACCUUUUGGAUGAGAAAGCCAGAGGUCCCGCCCCUCUGACAUUCUCCUCCAGUGGGUUUUG